AUGGAGCACAAGCUCUACGUAGGCAACCUCGCCCCGACUGCCAACGAGUACAUUCCUCAUGCCAACAAGCCAAAUCUGUAUGGCAAGAUUGUGAGAGAACAGUUCAUCUGGCACAAGCAUGGACCCAAGCGAGGCGAACCCAAGGGCUUCUGCUUCGUUGAGUUUGCCACCAAGCAGGAAGCGCAGACGGCCAAGGAAAGGGCCAACGGCAGGAUGUUCCUCGGGCGUCCCCUGGUCGUGCGCUUCGUCGAUGAGAAGGUGUUGUACUCCAACGACCGGCUCUCCGAUGACAGUGCGGUGGUUGAAGCGGAGAAGGCCCGCAAACAGGAGAAUGAGAGAGAUAAGGAACAUAAGAGGAUCAGCAACGAGGCCAAGAUCAAGGCCAUCCAGGCCAAGCUGGCGCUGAUGAAGAAGGAGACACCACCAGCCUCAUCAGAUGCAGGAGGCAAGCAGCCCUCGUCGUACAGCGCCCGCAACCCGAGCCUCCGCGACAGGCCCUACUGA